AUGGAACUCGUACAUAUCCAUACAGUUGAUGAACUUAAACAAACAAUGAUUGUUCUCGUUUAUGUUGUUGAGGAGUGGGAUGAUCCCACUCUGAGUUGGGAUCCGACGAAUUUCUCUGGUCUCCGAGUUACGUGGCUCCCAGAAGAGGCCAUAUGGGUCCCGGACAUCAUCGUCUUCAAUAUGUUGAAUCAUCAGGAAUUACUGCACUCGGUGAGAUCUCCUAUACGAGUACAACACACUGGAAGAGUAACAUUCUCAUACCCAGCAAUCUAUUCUGUCAUGUGUCAGAUAGGUGAU